GGUUGAUACUGGCACAGAUUCUUUUUUUUUUUCAUCCAUCUAUAAGGCUAAAAGUAUGCAAGUUGUCAACAGUCUUAACGCUUCAGUUAUAAUGUUAUAAUUGAUGGUGUGUUUCUCUUUUGUCAGGUCGACAAGGAUGCAAAUGAUGUGCUAUGAGAGAAGAAGCCGCAUUCGCCACAACCCAGUCUGAUGAAGAGGAAGAUGAAGAAGAAGAAACUGAUGAAAUGGUGUGCCACGAAGAAGUUGCCUGAAAAUUGUGUUGAUGCUGAAUAUAAGUGUCACCCACAGCGCCCUUGCUAGUAUGUCUUGCUGUAUUUUCCAGCCUUGUUGCAGAUAGUAGAGUUGGUAAAACAAAGCCACGCCGUCAAGGUUCCGCAUUGUUUCGACAACAGGCUUAUCUCAUCUCUUCCCGUUGUCUGCCGGAUUGUUUGGCUGUGAAUUGGCCAAAAUAUGACCUGAGUUGGCAUGCCAGUAAUCUUAACACAAGCGCAGCACUGGCCUAAUCUCGUCAACACAGCCAAACCUGGAUCGGUGAUGCUUGCAAGUUGAGGCUACAACAUGUACACUUAAAAAUAAGCCAAAGAGGACAUAUAGUAGAGCUGAUCAGUGAUCGCCGUAUAGUUUAGAGAUGUUGCAGAAAGAAAUAUACCCAGCAACUGAAGCUUUCUUUCUGGUCGUCUUCGGUUGAUACUGGCAUAGUUUUUUUGUCAUCCAUCUGUAUUUCAUUAUUUUUUUUGUAUAAAAGAAGGGCUCUCCCCUUCCGAUUUCCAUAAAAGAAACCAAAGCAAGUUUGAUCUUACAAGAGCACGAAACCACCCACUGCUACAUCAUCCAUCUGUAAUAUAAGGCUAAAAGUCCACAAGAAUGCAAAUGAUGUACUAUGAGAGAAGAAGCUGGAUUCGCCGCAGCCCAGUCUGAUGAAGAGGAAGAAGAAGAAACUGAUGAAAUGGUGUACCACAAAGAGGUUGCCCGAAAAUAGUGUCGAUGCAGCGUCACCCACAGUACCCUUAUUAGUACUAUGUCUUGCUGUAUUUUCCAGCCUUGUUGCGUAUAGUAGAGUUGGUAAAACAAAGCAAUGCCGUCAAGGAUCCGCAUUGUUUUGACAACAGGCUUUAUCUCAUCUCUUCCCCUGACUUUUUCCUUCCCUGGCGCGCCAAGUCAUUAUCCAAAGAAACUGAAUGAAGUAGAUGCAAGCUUGCACUGCUGACUAAGAAUGCAUAUGCGACUAUGCAAGCGUGCUUCCAAUCAGUUCAGUAAUUCAGUUCGUUCCAUGGCUCUGACCACACCAACCCCAGAAAAACUGGACGCCCGGCCCGGCAUGGCGCCUCCCUCACCGGACCGGUCCGUCCGGCCAAGCCUAGCUUCACCACCAACCCCGGCCUUGGAGUCGCCGAGUUUAUUUAUAGGGGGCUACAUCCGCUCUCCAGGCAGACCAGCACGAGUUGACUUGAUCAUCACACACGCAGGCACGAACAGCGCGCGAUGGCCUCCACCAGCAGCUGGGCGCACGAGAUCGAGGCGUCCGUGGCGGCGCCACGGCUGUUCCGCGCCGGCGUCAUGGACUGGCACACGCUGGCGCCCAAGCUCGCCCCGCAGGUCGUCGCCAGCGCCCACCCCGUCGAGGGCGAGGGCGGCGUCGGCAGCGUCAGGCAGUUCAACUUCACCUCAGCCAUGCCCUUCAGCGUCGUGAAGGAGAGGCUCGACUUUCUGGACGCGGACGGGUGCGAGUGCCGGUCGACCCUCCUCGAGGGCGGGCACGUCGGCACGGUCAUCGAGACGGCCACGUCGUGCAUCAAGGUGGAGCCGGCGGCCGGCGGCGGCAGCGUCGUCAAGGUGGAGUCCACGUACAAGCUGCUGCCGGGCGUGGAGGAGGCCCAGUACGAGGUCGCCAAGGCCAAGGAGUCCGUCACCGCCAUCUUUAAGGCCGCCGAGGCGUACCUCAUCGCCAACCCGGACGCCUACAACUAAAUCAACUAUCUUUGUGUGUUUGCUUCCCAAUCCAAUAAGGCUGCUCCAGCCUCCAGGUGUGUAGCUAGUGGCGCGAGAGCAGUGAGCAAGGACGUGGAUCUGGACUUGAAGUUAAAAGGUUGUGUAUUUUGUAGCUGUCAAAGAGUGGAUUUGAUUGAUGAUGUUGCUUGCUUAUGUGUGUGUGGUUUUACACAUGAAUAAAAGGGUGUAUUUGAUGAUUGAGAUACAAUAUACAUAGUCACGCCGA